ACUGUAUGCAUAUUGUUUGAUUGUUCUACCCCUAUUCCCACCCUCCCUACCCUCCCCGUACUCUGUGACCACCGGGUUUCUCAAGUACCACAUCAGUUAGCACUGAUGUCGAUGGAACAAGACACGGGGGCACUGCCACGACGCAGUGCCAGGCUUGCAGGGCGUGCCCGCUCUGUGAUACCUCUCCGACGCAGGACUCUGCGACUCAGCAGCAGGACGACUCCAGCGGUAUCGAGUGCAGCAUUGACGGUACCGGGUACCACCGGAGUUCUUCCCGCAUGCCCGGUCCAAGGGGCCGGUGAGCCGUUGGCAGAUUACCUUCAGCGGGUACAGGCAUUCACCGAUGCCGUAGCAACCGCAAAGGCACAGGAGGAAGCAGAGGUGGAACGUCAACGGCUGGCCAAAGAGGCGGCAGCCCAAGCUCAGCAGGCUGUUGAGGAUGACGCAGCAGCACGGGACCAACGGAAUGCCGCCAGCACGGAAUCCCUGAUUCAUAAUGAGAAUCAGUGGACAACGAUCCUCGAGGGCAUGAUCUUUGUGCCUUCGGAAGAGCAGGCAGAUCCGACACUGGCGGAGGCAGAGAGGACUCACGUGAUGUUGACAAUGAUGCUAGCGAUCAUGUGGAACAAUACGAUGUAUGCAGUACAAAUACACGAAGGCAGACAGCUGCAACAGAUUCAGCAGAAGGAUUCUGCAGCCUUGUCAGCAGUUGUUCGCACUACCGCCACACAUCAGCAACAACAACAACAGUUGUGGAACACCACCACCGCACGCGUCAGCAGUAUCGAGGCUAAGGCCUCAGCAGCGCCAGGCUGCACGACAGACGAGACGGAGCAACUCAACGGGCGCAUCGAUCACGUCGUCAAGCUCAUCGGCGACAUAGGUAUUUUCAAUGGGCCGGACACAAUCAGUAGCACGGUGGCCGCCAUCAAGACGGACAUCACCAAGCUACAGACGAGACCGGACGCCGCGACGAAGAGUUACAAGAUGCCACACUUUGACAUCAGCAAGUUCGACGACCACAACAAGACGGACGCCUUGGCAUGGUGGCAACGUUUCCUUACGGAAGCAUCCUGCCCCACUGUCCCAGACGACUACAUGAUGAAGGCGCUAUACUUACAGCUGAUUGGAGGAACGCAGGCAUGGAUGAACCACCUAGCGGCUACCCACAAGUGCACCAUCGCCGAACUCCACACGCACAUCACGUGGAAGGAGUUCGAGCAGCUAUGGUUCACCCGGUUCAUGGUCCGCAACGUCGUGAAGGCGGCCAUGAACGAGGUGUACACCUGCUCUCAAGGAAGUAUGCGAACUCGAGACUGGACAACCAAGUGGCAGAAGAUAGUGACCACGCCAGGCUUCGAUUUGACUUUUCCAAAUCAWCGAUCCGAGUUCUUUUCGCGAUCGUGCGCAGGAUUGCGGUCGGCACUCGGUAAUGAGUACGACUAYACCUCGUUCCAGGCCAUCCUGGAUCGCGCAAACCUGGUCAUCCAAACGGACGACAAGGCCGCUAACGAGAAACAAUCCCAGCUGCAUUAUGUGGCUAAGCAGGGCUAUCAACCUCCGGCACAUAACAAUGUCGUAAUUUCUGAAGGAACAGACGAUCUCCACGCUGCAGCAGUAUCCUCGAGUGAUGGAGGAAUUGUAGCAGCGUUCCCGCCGAAGCGUUCUAAGAGGGUCCGAAAACCCAAGGCGACACAAGAGACGGCAUCGACGGGAACUGGGCAGCAGCCAUGGACGGCCUACAACAUCACAAAGGAAGUCUAUGAACUUCGUCAGAAGUACAGAUAUUGCCUUUGGUGCAAUGGAGUCACACACUUGACUGCACAAUGCCCCGAAAAGGGCAAGGCACGCGUACUCCGUCUUGUCCCGCGCGUUCGAAGGAAGACGCAACCCACGCAAGUUACACUCGCGGACGGCCGCACGCAAAAGUCAAUUGACCGAUGCGUCGACGGCGUUCCGGUCUACUUUGCGCCACUUGCGUGCAAGCCGGUGUCUUUUGACAUCCUCGACACCAAGUUCGACAUGAUUCUAGGCAUGUCUUGGUUGCGUAGCACCGAUCAUCCGGUGAACUUCCAUGACCGAACCGUUCACAUCCGUGAUCGGAACGGAGUGUUAGUCCCAUGUACUGUCGCGACCCCUCACACUUCGAUUGCUUGUCACGUGGUUUCUGUUGCGAGAAUUCGCGACACCAUAGCUCGGAAUGACGUCGAGGAGAUGGGCCUUGUAUUCUUGCAUGCUCUCCCUUCGCCGGACGGACCAGCCGCGUCACCGUCGGACCCACGCAUUUCUCACCUCUUGGACGAGUAUAGAGACGUCUUCGAGGCUCCCACCGGAACGGUUCCGGAUCGGCCCAUACGUCACGGGAUCACUCUCGAGGCUGGCGCCGUCCCUCCGCGUGGAUGUAUCUACCGCAUGAGCGAAGAGGAACUCGAGGUGCUUCGCGCACAACUCGAUGACCUUCUCGACAAGGGCUGGAUUCGCCCUAGUUGCUCGCCAUACGGCGCCCCUAUUCUCUUCGUCCGGAAGAAGAACAAAGAUCUACGGUUAUGCAUCGAUUAUCGAAAACUUAGCGCACAAACCGUAAAGAACGCCGGCCCUCUCCCUCGGAUUGAUGAUCUUCUUGAGCGGUUAGGCGGCGCGACGUACUUCUCGAAGUUGGACUUGAAGUCAGGUUACCACCAGAUUGAAAACCAGCCUCAAGAUCGGUACAAAACCGCGUUCAAGACACGUGUCCUCAUCUACCUCGAUGACAUCUUGGUCUAUAGCAGGACGUUGGACGAGCACAUCACACACCUUCGCGCUGUUUUGAAUCGCUUGCGACUGGCCAAGUACGAAGCGAAUCUCGACAAGUGCGAGUUGGCCAAGCAGGAGCUUGAGUACUUAGGUCAUUUUGUCACGCCGAAAGGCAUUCGUCCCUUAGCCGACAAGAUCCAAGCCAUCGUGGAUUGGCCGGAACCCCGUUGCACGACGAAUGUACGCUCUUUCAUGGGUUUGGCUGGACAUUAUCAGCGAUUCGUCGAGUCAUACUCGAAAGUGGCCGCUCCUUUGUCAAGACUCCAGUCCCCGAAGGUGCCCUUCGAGUUCGCCGACGCAGCCCGUGGCGCGUUCACUACGUUGAAGGCAGCGAUGGAAGCCGCACCUGCCCUCCGUAUAUACGACCCCUCCUUACCCACCCAAGUGACUACGGACGCUUCGGGAUACGGCAUUGGUGCGGUGUUGGAACAGUGUCACCAGACGGAUGGCCAGACGGAGCGAGCGCACCAGACCGCUCAGAUGAUGUUGCGUACGCUCAUCCAUCCCGACCAGAAAGAUUGGGUUGACCGGCUUCCCGACAUCGAGUUCGCCUAUAACACUUCGGUGCACCCGGCGAGCUGCGUCACACCAUUCGAGCUACAUCAUGGUGGAGAGAAAGCACGGAUCUUCGUUGAUCUCCUUCUGCCACAGGCUGCCGACAUAGACGUCCCUUGCUCUCCCGCUUCCGUUCGGAAGUACCGGGACUUGCUGAUCAAAGCCCGCGCAAAUAUGCAAAAGGCUGAGAUCUGCAUGCAGCAGCAGGCUAACCGACGUCGACUUCCAUGCCCUUUCCGCGAGGGAGACCUUGUUUGGGUCCUCUCCGAGGAAUUUGCGCUCGAGCAUGACGUUUCGCGCAAACUCCUCCCGAAAUGGUUCGUACCAUGGGAAGUCACUUCUGCCGUUGGAGACGACCCCGCAGGUCCUUCCUUUGUGAUCAACAUUCCACCGCACCUUACAGUGCAUCGAGUCUUCCACUCAUCGAAGCUGGUCAUCUACACGCCACCUUCAGAUGACGAGUUUCCCGGACGUCGAUCACAGGAUCCGCCCUCCAUGGACGGACAUCAGGAAGUGGACCGAGUCAUCACGCACCGCAAGUAUGGCAACAAGCCAAUGCAGUAUAAAGUCACAUUCAAGCAAUGUGCACCCGACGAUACUCGGUGGAUCUCUAUUGCAGACUUGCAGACUUCUGCACCCCUUAUCUUCGCCAACUAUGAGAAGACACGACUUGCCAAGGCAGCAGCUCGUCCCACCCGACCCAUCCCGGAGGAGGAGGAGAAGAUGGCCGCCAUUUUGCACGAGAGGAAGGAGAAGGAGGCCAAGAAGAAGGCCUUGAAGGAGGAGCAGGCGGCCAAAUUGAAGAAGAUAGAAGAAGAGAUGGUCAGAGAGAAGGAGAGGAUAAAGAAGGAAGAGGAGGCGAAGUUGAAAGAGGUGGACGAGGAAGAAGAGGAAGGGCCGCCACUGCAAAGGAAGAGUGGGCAGAGCAGUGGCGGCAAGGAUGAAGAAAUGGAGAAGCGGAUUUCAGAAUGGGUCGCCAACUUGUCCCUGGGUGAAGAGGAAGAGGUUGCUAUGUAUAUCCCCAAGGAUAAGCAAGAAGCCGCCAUGAAAAAAUGGGAAGCAGAGGAAGAUGUUCUGACGCGGCGGGCGAUGGAUGAACAGAGGAUGGCGUGGAAGCUCGCAAUGAUGAGGGAGAAGAAGAGAAGAGUGGAGGCGGCGAAUGCAGCAAUACAAGAAUUGGAGGAGGUGCAGAAAUUGAGUGACGAUCCAGUUGCAUACUCCACAUUCACCCCCCUCGUUGAGUUCCUGAAAUUGCUGCGCGAGCGAUUUGCUGAUGUCUCUCGUAGUGUUAAAGCGUCAGAUAGGCUGCAGACGAUCCACGCCCGCAAGUGGAAGAGUGCCAGGGCACUCAAGAGUACAAUGGAUGAGUUAGUGGCUGUCCCUGACCAUGGGGUUACGGACACCCAGUUGGUCGGCCUCUUCUAUCGGGCCAUACCCGAAGCCCUCCGAGGGCAUUUCUUCGCAAAGAGCGAAGACCCUGCCGCUACGUACGAUUCUCUUAGUCGCGAAGUGGUGGCCUUUGAAGCCAAGUCUGCGUCUGUGUCCACCUUCUGGCACAAAGACUUGGAUAAGGGAAAGCAAUGGAAGGGCCGCACUAUCUCUGGGCAAGUGAAGACUAAGGAUAGCCUUGUCCUAACUCUAGACGAGGGUACUGUGGAUGAGAUCCCCUACGAUCAGAUUGAGUGGGGGUUAGAGGAGGAUGACAGCGGUGUGGGCCAGGGGAGGACUUAUGCUGCUGUCGCGGCUGGAGGGAGGCCGCAAGGAGGACGAGGCCAGGGCCAAGGGGGUCGGGCCUCAAGGAGCCGGUUCCAGGGCGAUCAGGGGGUUGGCGGUAGAGGAGGAAACCGCCAAGCGGGAGGCAAGGGUCAAGGUCCCCCGCAAAACCGCGAGGCUAAGACUGCCCGCCUGUUCCAUGUGUCAGGAGUAGAGAAUUCAUUGACACAUUGCUGCCUCAGUGCUCCUGCGUUCGCCAGAUUAGUAAAGAAGGAGAAACUGGAGGAACAUGUCUUUGUCGCCUAUGUUAGGCCGGUAACUGAGCCUACGGAAGAAAGGCCGAUGGACCCUGCGAUUGCCAGGCUGCUGGAAGAGUUUAAGGAUUUGAUUGAGCCGCCGACAGGCACGGUGCCGCGGCCCAUCCAGCACCGUAUUGAGAUCGAGCCUGGCACUAGAACUCCUAAGGGCGCUGUGUAUAGGAUGUCCCCACGGGAGUUAGAGGAGCUUCGCAAGCAGUUAGACGAGCUCCUCGAAAACGAUUGGAUUAGGUCCAGUUCGUCUCCGUUAGGAGCGCCUGUUCUCUUUGUCCCUAAGAAAGAGGGAGAGUUGAGGAUGUGCAUAGACUAGAGGGGUCUGAAUGCUAUUACAGUAAAGAAUGUUGAGCCAC